GAGACGGUUUGGAUCCCAAUAGAUAGAUAGCAAUUGACUCCAGUUCAUCAACUUGCACUCAAAAACCUGACUAACUCAGCUUAGAGUUCGAACUGGGUUCUCUCGUCUCAACAUACCAGUCUCACUCCUCACCCCCAAACCGUGUCGUCGCUAUGCCUUACAUCCUAGCUGAUCAGUGUCCAGCUAUUGUGAUGCUAUUUCUCCUACUCAACUGGCUAUUCCAGUCAUACGUAUGCAGUAGGCCACAUCCCACCCUCUCACAAGUACUCUCCAUUCUCAGAGGAAGUCAUCAACAUGCUUACCAAAACCAGGGACAAGUCCACAUCGCCGGUACCCCAUCACAUUACGAAUCUGGUAUCAGUAUGAUCCAUCGAAAUGGGUCAUCUCAAUUUGAAUGAUUGAAGUAGCUCAUAGCUAAUGAGAUUGAUGCGAAACAGAUGCGGUUGGAUUAGGGGGUGUU